UGUCACUCUCGCUGGUUUUCUUCCCUGUCCGAAACGCCGCCGUUCGCGCUCUCCUUUUUUUUUUGUCUCUCCUUAAUUUUCUCUCUAAAGAUUCUUCAGUUGUACUCUUCGUCAACUUCCCCACUCGUGAGAGCAGUUCCACCAACUGUGCCUUUGUAUGAUGAAGAAUCAUAGCCACAGUUGGGUUUCCUUUAAGGAAUGAGGGGAAACUAAUAACCAUUUCAACUCAAAUGGCUGCUGUGGAUCCAAUAGACAUUAGUUCUUCUGAUAGUGAGUUUGAAACGGAAGAUGCUGGAGAAAGGAAUGCCUCAUUUCCAAGGGUUCUUCCUCAAUGGGCAGUUACAGAUGGCACCAAUUCAAGGAGUACUGGCGACGUUAGGCAGUCUCAAAAGAUUUCCAAUCAAGCACACUUUUCUAAUUUGAGUUCUUCCAGUGUAAAUGAUCAUUCAGGAAAAGCUAAAGCCUCAUCUCAUCAUAGUGCCCUAGAUGAUGGUUCUGAAUAUUUGACCAUGAAUGGGAAUAUUGGUCAACCUCGGACUGUUAAUUCUCGAAUUUCUAAUGUUCCUGGUACUGAUUUUGAGAAACUGACAUCCCAGCAGGCUCUGAAGAGGACUCUUCCUCCGUCUCUUCAGCACUUUGGACAAAAUAGUAAAUCAGAUAAUUUAGUGAAUGUGGGCAGCAGUCGGAUUCAUGUUGCUCCUGGAAACUCUAACAAUUUGGGUGGACCUAGUUUUUCCAAUAGUCAGGGCUAUAUGAGAGAUCACUAUAGCAGGGGCAACACUGAUGGAGUGUCGUAUGGAAACACUAGUAGGAUUCUUCCUCCAUCUUUUUUGCAAGGAAAUUCUGUGAAUUUUACACAGUUUGCUGGUCCAGAAAAUCCUGUAUACAAUGCUGGAAUAAGUGAUGAAAGAGUUCCCAUAAGUGAUGAAAGAAUGAUUUAUCAAGCAGCACUGGAGGACCUCAGCCAACCAAAAGCUGAAGCUAGUAUUCCUGAUGGUUUUCUGUCUGUUCCUCUCUUCAGACAUCAGAAGAUUGCAUUACAUUGGAUGCUUCAAAGAGAAACAAGAACUAGAAUUUGUGCAGGUGGAAUAUUAGCUGAUGAUCAGGGCCUCGGUAAAACAAUCUCAAUGAUUGCUCUUAUACAAAUGCAGAAGUUUUUAGAGUCCAAAUUAAAACCAGAAGAUCCAGAAAAAUGUGAAGUUGUAUCUUUGAAUUUGGACGACGAUGAUGAUAAUGGUACUAGUGGGACAGGCACAGUAAAGCAAAAUAGAGAAUCAAAUGAUACCAAGUCGAUUCCAGAAGUUAGUACUUCUAGCAAAGCAAUUAGUAGACAGAGGUUACCAGCAGGGACAUUGGUUGUGUGUCCAGCAACUGUUCUUCGACAGUGGGCGAGGGAGCUGGAUGAAAAAGUUGCCGAGGAAUCUAAACUUUCUGUCCUCAUCUAUCAUGGGGGCAGCAGAACCAAGGAUCCUUCUGAACUUGCCAAGUAUGAUGUGGUUCUGACAACAUAUUCGCUUGUUGCCAAUGAAGUUCCUAAACAAGCUAUUGCCGCUGAUGAUGAAAUUGAUGAAAGAACUGCAGAAAAAUAUGGAUUAUCUUCUGACUUUUUAACCAACAUUAAGAGGAAGAAAACAACCAAUGUCGCUAAGAAUGGGAAAAAAGGUAGAAAGGGAAUUGAUGGCUCCCUUAUUGAUUCUAGCUCUGGUGCCCUUGCUAGGGUAAAUUGGUUAAGGGUGAUACUAGAUGAAGCUCAAACAAUAAAAAAUCAUCGAACACAAGUUGCUAGAGCCUGCUGUGGUCUUCGAGCCAAGCGGAGGUGGUGCUUAUCUGGAACACCCAUUCAAAAUGCUAUUGAUGAUUUAUAUAGCUACUUCAGGUUCCUGAAACAUGAACCGUAUGAUGUGUAUAAAUCAUUUUGCUUAGGGAUAAAAGUUCCAAUAUCUAGAGAUCAUGUAAAAGGUUACAAGAAGCUGCAAGCUGUUUUGAAGAUAGUUAUGUUGCGCCGCACAAAAGCGACAUUGAUCGAUGGGGAGCCAAUAAUCAAGUUGCCGCCAAAGUCAAUUCACAUGUCCAAAGUAGACUUCUCAGCUGAUGAGCGGGCUUUCUAUACCCAACUAGAAGCUGAUUCACGUUCUCUAUUUAAGCAAUAUGCAGCUGCGGGCACACUGCACCAAAAUUAUGCAAAUAUUCUUUUGAUGCUUUUGCGCCUACGUCAGGCUUGUGAUCAUCCACUUCUUGUCAAAGGAUUUAACUCUGAUUCCAUUCGGAACUCUGAUUCCGUUCUAGACUCUGACCCCGUUGGGCAAGUUUCUGUAGAAAUGGCAAAGACACUUCCUAGUGAACUGCUGCUUAAUCUACUGAACUGCUUGGAAGCUUCCUUUGCCAUCUGUCUUGUAUGCCAUGAUACACCUGAUGACCCCGUUGUUACCAUGUGCGGUCAUGUUUUCUGCUACCAGUGUGUCUCAGAAUAUCUUACCGGCGAUGAUCAUACGUGCCCUGCACCUGAAUGUAAAGAACAACUUGCUGAUGAUAUAGUUUUCUCUAAACCUACUCUUAGGAGCUGUCUUGCUGGUGAAAGUAAUGGUAGUCCAACACAUCCCCAGUCCUUUGAAAAGUCAGCGAUUUUACAAAAUGACUACAGUUCAUCAAAAAUCAAGGCCGUCAUUGAGAUUCUUCUGUCAAAAUGUUUAUUAAAGAAUUCAAUUCCUGAAUCACCAAGUUCUAUUGGAAUCAGUGAAAUUCCUUUUACUUCUGAACAGACAUUUACAGAAACCGGUAAUUCAUGCGGUGGAGCUGUAAAGCGCACAACAGUUCAUUUAGACUCUUUAGCUGAUGGACCAAUAAAAGCAAUUGUUUUCUCACAAUGGACUGGUAUGUUGGACUUGGUUGAGCUCGCAUUACGUCGUCAUGGUAUAAACUACAGGAGACUGGAUGGAAAAAUGACUCUUAUUUCACGAGACCGAAAUGUCAAAGAUUUCAAUUCUGACCCAGAGGUUACUGUGAUGAUCAUGUCAUUAAAAGCUGGAAACCUUGGUUUGAAUAUGGUUGCUGCUUGUCAUGUUAUCCUUCUGGACCUCUGGUGGAAUCCAACCACUGAAGACCAGGCAAUUGAUCGAGCACAUAGAAUUGGUCAGACUCGUCCUGUUACUGUAACUCGGAUCACCAUUAAAGACACAGUGGAAGAUCGAAUAUUAUCUCUUCAGGAAGAAAAAAGAAAAAUGGUCGCGUCUGCUUUCGGUGAAGAUCAAAGUGGGGGCACAGCGACUCGAUUAACGGUGGAAGAUCUCCGAUAUCUAUUUAUGGGAAAUUAGCCCUCUCAUUUCAUUGAUUACCUCUGCCAUAAAUGUUCCUACUUGAAGAUCCCAUCAAGAAUGUUCGACAUUUUAAAAAUUUCGAUCGGAACUGGGCAUUGAACAUAUCUGCUGCGAGCUAAAUGCUGUCAUGUUUUGCGAAUUUAAGAUGCCGACUUAUGCGAUACUUUUUAAGUCGAGCCAUUUUUUUGUCGAGAAAGUGCAGAAAUAGGAAAGCUAGGAUGUUUACAGAUGUUCUAAUUAGUUUUCAAUCUACAUCAAACUUUUGUGUAGUUAACCUCAUUUUCUCUUAAUGUUAUAGAUAAAUGUUAUUUCUAAACUGUGUUUGCUUGUCUCUAAGC